UACUCGAAUGUAAAACGACGACGUUGAAAUGUUAAAAUUUUAUUUCGGAGUAUGUCUGCUUGGAGCGUUAGUAGCCUGGUUGGCGGAAUCGAGGAUCCUGCGUUCGGUGGAUGAUCCAGUACUUCAAUCCAAAGCCAAGGAAAUGUUGAAAUAUAUGAACAUGUCCGUGGAUCCCUGUGAAGAUUUCUAUGAAUUUACCUGUGGCAAUUGGAAUCGUUACCACUCGGCCGAAUUGGAAAAUGAGCCGGCAACGGGUCUCUUGGAAACCCUGCAAAAGUCACUGGAUCAAAAACUCAUUGAAAUCUUGUCCACGGAGGAGUCUAAGGAUACCGCAGUGGAUAAGAAGAUAAAGGAUUUUUAUAAAUCUUGUUUGAAUCUACCCAAUCUUGAGAAGAAUUAUGCGGAAAAGUUAAAGAAAUUGAUUGCAGAAUUCGGCGAAAUGCCAGCCUUGGUGGGUGGAAAGUGGCAGGAGGAUCAAUUUGAUUGGCUGCAGACAAUUGGAGAAAUUUAUCAUAAAUAUGGUAUUGGAAUUAUUACCAGUGUUGAAGUGGCCGUGGAUUUGGCGGACAAUAGUGUAAAUCGUUUGUAUUUUAACCAACAAGAUUUGACCCUGGAGGGCAAGGCAGUUUACAGCGACAAUGACAAGAUGAAUUUAGUGAAGCGGCUCACCAAUAUUGUGGCCUCUAGGCUAGUGGUAUUCUUGAACAUGGAUGUGAAAUUGGCCAUAAAAACUGCCAAGGAAAUUGUUCAAUUUGAGGCGGACUUGGCCCGAGGUGUGGAUGAGAUAGAAUCUGUGGCAGAUUUUCAAGAUAUGGUCGAUUUAAGUACCCUGGAAGAGGCCCAAGAGAAAUACGGCUCGGAAUUGGAUCUGAAGAAACUGGUGGAAUUGUCUUUCGGUUCCAUACCCCCAUUGAAGGUGUAUAUCAGCGAGACUUACACUCGAAACCUUAUUGAAGUUAUGAAAAAAACUCCCCCCAGGCAGGUGGCAAAUUUUAUUUUCUACAAAUUGAUUAGCAAAUUUUUGGUCUCCAUUCCGGAGGACAAGGAUGAUUUGCCUCUAAACUGUUUGAGUGACAUGAAGACAUAUUUUUCCAAAAUAUUUGAUAAUAUGGUCUAUCGCAAGUACAAAACCCAGGAAAUUGAGCAGGGUAUACGACUCAUGUGGCAUCAAAUUAAGGAGGCCUUCAGGGAUACCCUGGAAUCGCAGCACUACAAUUGGAUAAGUCCUGCCACACGAAAAUAUGCAGUGGAAAAACUGGGCGCCAUGGAAAUGGAUAUAGUCUCAUAUCAGGAUUAUGAUUUCAAUGACCUCUAUGUCGAUCUCAAGGUGGACAACAAGGACUAUGUGGAAAAUCUGAAAUCCCUAUAUGCCCUGGGGGCCAAACAAAAUCGUGAAAGUAUCAACGAAGAACCUCAACCCAUAGAUUUUGGAGAUGAUCUCUCCACAACACCAUCCAAUAUUCUAAUUGAAAAUGUUGUGAAAGUUCCCGUUAACCUGCUGCAAUCGAAUUAUGUUUGGUCCUCCCACUAUCCGAAUGCUUUCAAUUUUGGUGUCCUUGGCUCUCUGCUCUCGCAUGAGCUCAUUCACGGCUUCGAUGACACCGGGCGCAAUCAUGGCAAGGAUGGAAAUGCCCUGGAAUGGUGGGAUCCCAAAUCUUCGGAAAAUUUCAACAAACGUUCCCAGUGUUUCAAUAGCCAAUAUCAGGGCUUUGUUUUCCACAACAAACAUCUACCCGAUAUGCCGGCUCAAGGUGAGAAUAUUGCCGAUAAUGGUGGGGUAAGAUUGGCCUAUUCGGCCUAUUUAAAGUGGCUCAAGGAGGUCCAGGGAAAGCAUCCUUCGAGCAUUAUGGAAUCGAUGCCUGGCAUGAAAUUCAGCGAUAAACAGCUGUUCUUUGUCAGUUAUGGUCAGCUGUGGUGUGGUGAUGUCAAUCCGGUCUACAGACAGCUACAAGAAUCGACGGAUACCCAUGUCCCGGAUAAAUUUCGUGUCAUUGGUCCCUUAUCGAAUUUCGAAGAAUUUGCCAAGGAAUUUCAAUGUCCCGCGGGGAGUGGCAUGAAUCCAUACAAGAAAUGUGAAAUUUAUUGAGAAAUUAAUUUAAAUUUUAAUAAUGUUUAAAAUGUUAUAACAAAUAUUUUUGUAUUCAAACAUUUAAUUAUUUUAGAAACUGUGAUU